AUGGAAAGUGGCGGCAGUGGUCCCUUCCACAAGGAUAGUCUUGGGAGCCACCCAGGGUCCUUCGCGGCCCUCCACAACGGGGAUGCAGGCGGCUCCCUCAGAGGCGGACCGCCUGAUGUGGAUGCCGCAAAGCCGGAGAUGAGGGAAGCGGAGAACAGGAUCCUCAGGGAGCUUUCUUCCUCCUCCUCUUUGUCCUCCCCCUGCCGGCCAGAGGACGGUGACGCCGUCCGGGGUCCGAGCCCUAUCGAGAGGAACGAGUGCGCCACGCCGCACAAGAAGCGAGGCAGGCGGAAACUGGAGCGACCCACCAAAUAUGUCGAACAUACGGAGGAAGAUGACAGCGAAGCGAUCAAGAGUGAGGCCGAUCGCGGGAGGCUGCGAGGGGGAGUUGGCGGGGAGAUCAGCCUUCGUCAAAGGCCUGUGCCCAGAAUCACCUUCCAGGCUGGAGACCCUUAUUACAUAAGCAAACGGACACGGGAGGAGUGGCUGGCCAAGUGGAAGAUGGAGGCAGAGAAAAAGGCCAAACUGAUGUCUGCUAUGAAUGUAAUAAAGGAUCCGGACCCUGUCAAGGAAACUGAGAAAUCAGAGCACGAAAGUUUGCCACCUCAGUGUGUGCCGGCUUCUAAGCCGGUUCCGCAGCAGCAUUGUCAACCUUUGCAGCAACGCCAGCCUCCGGCGCCUCAGUGUCCGCCGCCGCAAUUGGAAGCGUCUUUGCCGCAACAUCAGCAGAAGCAGCAGCAAACGCAGCAGCCUACCGACCCGGCCUCACCUACUGUGGCCACCACUCCAGAGCCUGUUGCCAUCACAGGUGAUGAAAAGACCUCCCCGAAGGCUGCAGACACUGAACCAGAAUAUGAGGAUGAUCGCGGUUUUGUCAUUGGCGACCUGGUCUGGGGAAAGCUGCGAGGCUUCUCAUGGUGGCCGGGGCGCAUUGUGUCCUGGUGGAUGACUGGACGCAGCAGAGCCGCCGAGGGUACUAGAUGGGUCAUGUGGUUCGGAGACGGGAAAUUCUCAGUGGUUUGUGUUGAGAAACUCUUGCCCUUAAGUUCCUUCAACAAUGCCUUUCACCAACCAACCUAUAACAAGCAGCCUAUGUACAAAAAAGCAAUCUACGAGGUGCUACAGGUGGCCAGCAGCCGGGCAGGCAAAGCCUUUUCAUUGCGUCCCGACAGCGACCACACCGAAACUUCCAAAUCUGUGGAACUCCUGAACAAGGAGAUGAUCCAGUGGGCUAUGUGUGGCUUUCAACCCACUGGACCCAAAGGCCUGGAGCCACCAGAGGAGGAGCGCAACCCAUACAAGGAGGUCUACCCAGAGAUGUUUGUGGAACCGGAAGCCGCUGCUUACAUGCCGCCGCCUCCUGCUAAGAAGCCUCGAAAGAGCACCCAGGAGAAGCCCAGAGUAAAGGACAUCAUCGAUGAAGGAACGCGAGAGCGACUCAUCUACGAAGUGAGACAAAAGUGCCGAAGCAUCGAGGACAUCUGCAUCUCCUGCGGAAGUCUCAACAUCAGUCGGGAGCACCCACUCUUUGCAGGAGGAAUGUGCCAGGGCUGCAAGAACUGCUUUUUAGAGUGCGCCUAUCAGUACGACGAUGACGGCUACCAGUCGUAUUGCACCAUCUGCUGCGGCGGCCGGGAGGUGCUAAUGUGCGGGAACAACAACUGCUGCCGAUGCUUUUGCGUGGAGUGCGUGGACCUCCUAGUGGGUCAGGGCGCCGCCCACGCAGCCAUCAAGGAGGACCCAUGGAACUGCUUCAUGUGUGGCCCCAAAGGGUCGUACGGCCUUUUGGAACGCCGCCCCGAUUGGACCUGCCGCCUUCAGCAUUUCUUCGCCAACAACCACGAGCAGGAUUUCCAACCAGCAAAGCUUUACCCGCCGAUCGGCGUUGAGAAUAGGAAGCCAAUCAGAGUACUGUCGCUAUUUGACGGCAUUGCCACGGGGCUACUGGUGCUGCGCGAGCUGGGCAUCCAGGUGGAACGCUACGUGGCCUCAGAGGUGUGCGAAGACUCCAUUACGGUGGGGCUGGUCCGCCAUCAGGGUCGCAUCAUGUAUGUGGGCGACGUCAGGGGCGUUACGCGCAAACACAUCCAGGAGUGGGGUCCUUUUGAUCUGGUCAUAGGUGGAAGUCCAUGCAACGACCUUUCUAUAGUCAACCCCGCAAGGAAAGGCCUUUACGAGGGCACGGGUCGCCUGUUUUUCGAGUUCUACAGGCUGCUGCACGAGGCUCGGCCCAAGACGGGGGAAGAACGGCCUUUCUUCUGGCUAUUUGAAAACGUGGUCGCCAUGGGUGUCAGCGACAAGAGGGACAUAUCUCGCUUUUUGGAGUGCAACCCGGUUAUGAUCGAUGCCAAGGAAGUGUCAGCCGCCCACCGUGCCCGCUACUUCUGGGGUAACCUUCCUGGCAUGAACAGGCCACUAACGGCCAUGUGCAAUGACAAGUUGGACCUGCAGGACUGCUUAGAACAUGGCAGAACCGCCAAGUUUGACAAGGUGAGGACCAUCACUACCAGGUCCAACUCCAUCAAACAGGGCAAGGACCAGCACUUCCCCGUCUUCAUGAAUGAGAAGGAGGACAUACUGUGGUGCACUGAGAUGGAGAGGAUUUUCGGCUUCCCGGUUCACUACACGGACGUGUCCAACAUGAGCCGACUGGCCCGGCAGCGUCUGCUGGGCCGAUCAUGGAGCGUUCCUGUCAUCCGCCACCUGUUUGCACCACUCAAAGAUUACUUUGCCUGCGCAUGA